CAUCCUGUCUCACCCCAAACAUCGCCGACUCAAGCCUCGUUCUCCACGGCAAUCGACUCCGCUUGGUCGAAUUACAUACAGAGGACACCACUUUCGAGGUCAUCAGACCUACUCUCGUUCUAGGACGGCCGUCCCGACUUGGGCCUGGCCGUGGCUUGUGGCAGCCUCAUGCAGGUAGACCGCACAAUCGAAAUCCGAGGGGAAGAGAGGGUAGUGAGACAGCAGCGGAAGAAGCACAGCCGCGGGAUACUGCUAAUCAGCCAGCUGUUGAGAAAGGGUACCACCGAGGCAGCUGGAAAACCCGUGCAAUCUGUGGUUGCUGAUGAAGUUGAGCUCCUCGAAAAGGGUAGAGAGCAUGUUGAAGGCAUCCGAGAGAGAGCAUCGAAACGCGGGAAACGACAGCCUGCUGCUGCUGCUGCUGCUUCAUCUGCUGCGGCGAAGAAGGCGAAGCGCGAGGGGGCGGACGCAGCUCUCUCCGACCCUCUAGCAUUGGCUCAUGAUGGCGGGACUAGAAGCGGUGCUACCCCAGAGACUUCGAGGGAGGAAGCGGUUGCGGAGGAGCGUCGUUCCAGCGCGAUGGAUUUGAUGCAGAACGACCCCGUGUUGAUGGAGCGAGUACGGGCCAUGCUGGAUGCUGGCGCGGCAGAGCAGGCAGCAGCUAAGGUGGCGGCGAUCGACGCGGCCAACACUCGUGCACUCCGCGCGUCGUUGCAAGCGCUGAAGCAGCACUGCAACAGCUCGAUAGGGUGGACCACUUACCAGACAGCGCUCGCUGUAGCAGCCGGAGCGGGAGAGCACACGUGUACUGACACGGACGUGUGCCACCCCGGCCAGCGGUGCAAGCCCGUUGAGUCUGGNACUCAAAUUGACCAAGAGACGGAAUUUUCGUGUCCCCUGUAUCGCUUUUUCCUAUACAUUCGGAACAAGCUGUAGGGAUUUUGUUUCCGGAACAGUGGUCAAAAAUCACUCAAAUUGGCCAAGAUAUGGGCAAAUCCCCGUUUUGUCCCCGAGGGGGGACGGAAAUUUCGUGUCCCCGGCUUCGCUUUUUCCUAUUCAUUGAGUAAGAUAAAUCGCCAAAUUUCGCUGAAAACCCACCUUCCCGACCCCGGAUAAAAAAUCUGAGACCGGAUAUCGCAUGUACACACCCAGAGCAACCCACAGUUGACUUUUCAGAGCUUAGGCUGUUUGGCAACAACUCCAUUCUCAACCUCACUUCGGCAUACCCCGGAAGGCCCCCCUGCAAGCCGCGUGCAUCGAGCUGUUCGCGGAGGUCUCGAAGGUAGUCGAGGAACACGUGGCUCUGGAUGAAGGAUGACUCCGUGACGGUGUACUUCGCAUCGGGGACGCCGUUCUUGCCCUGGAUCCAAGCGGGUUGCACACGCUGGCCUUUGUAGAUGAUGAUAGGACUGUAGGUGUGGCCGUCGGCGCCGAUGCUGGCGACCACCGUCGUAUUUUCUCACGAGUUGGACCGCCUCGCGCCGGGCACCUUUGUGCCCGUUGGCACGAUAGCCUUCCCCGACUUUGUAACUUGCGAGGUG